AUGUAUCUGAUAUUCGCUGUCUCGUUUGCUGGUCAAGUGAUUGGAUACUCUCAUGGCCACAUCGAUCACCUCAACUCAUGGAUUUUUUUCCUUGGGAGGUCUCAUCAAAAUGCUGAGACUGCAACCGAACAGUGGACUGCAGUUUUGAAAGAUGCACUGAAACGCUUCCCCGCUAGUCCGCCAGAUGUCGGGAGAUGCGAGAAAGGAGGAGAGACGCACGCGGCCCUGGCGACUCGGGCCAAGAGUUUCUCCAUGUCUUCCCUGGAGAAGCCGAGCAACUCUUCGUCGGGCAGGAAUCUCCCGUCCGCUUCCGUCAACAGUAUCGCCAGCUGUGAACGAAAAGCGUACCCACCCACCCGAGAGGAACCUUUCGCCCCUCUUCGGAUCUUUUCUCCCCGGAGCGACCCGAUCCCGCAUCCUCUCGGCGCGAAGGAACGCGGAAGACUCACGGCACAGAAGAGAAGGAAGGCGAAGGAAGAGAAGGCGAGCGGCUUCAUCGCGUUGGAGGCUGUCGGUCGGAGGAAGGAGGAAAGAAGGACGACACGAAAUCCUCCGGGUGAAUUCCGACUCGAUUCUGAGGGUUUCACUCGUUUUGAAAUGCAUUUUAUUCGAAACGUCCAUAAGACCAAAGGUCGAGUCUCAAGGAUGCCGAAUCCCGAGGGAAAGCGAUUUCCCCCUUUUUCGUUGCCAAGAGAUUCCGCCCGGGCCUCUCUCCGUCUCUCAGGCUUACCGAUUGCUCCCUCGAGGAGCUCCGAAGAAAUACGAGAGCCGGGGUUUCCAGAAGGUCCGACUGCCUCGUUGCUUUCGUGCUCUAAGACAGUCGUUUCGAAAAAUGGGGAUUCCGUGAAACUCCUUGGCCCCGAGGAGCUGCGUGAAACUAGGCCAUUUGAUGAAAAUCUGCUGAAAAUUCCAAGCCGCUUCCCAUCCGUUCACCCCCAGAGCGGAGUGACGAAUGACCCCUUCAGUGGAUGGCAGGGGGUGAGGAAACGGCCCGACGUGACGUCAUGGCCUUCUUCCCCCAAUAAGGAGGCUGGAGAUGAGCGGCCAAUUGUGGAGUUGAUGCUGGGGAUGGUGUGGCUCGGCUGGGCCUAUCCAGCGGAUCAGGAGGAUGAAGGAGACUUUCUCGUCAGACCGAGAAGGUCGUUUUUCCGCUUCCGGGAGGCGAUGAGCCCGGAUGCGGAUGCGGAUGCGGAUCCGGACGCGUUUCCGGACCCCUUGCCAAGCAAGGGCUGGCUCUUCGGCUAUCAGAAGAACAAGAAAUACUGGAAUGCCAAGAAUUUUGGCGCCUUCGGAUAAAACGCUCCUAUGACCCAAAUGACCUAUAUUCCCUUUUUUUGGCUUCAACCGUGUCUUCCUCUCCGUGAUAUGAUGUCUAUUCAUUGAUUUACAUCUGCUUAGUCACUCAUCGCGCACAGAGAUAAAAAUAAUAUAAAUAAAACUUUAUUUUCAUUUGCAAUCUGAUCGUCCUUCCUUCUCAUUCUCACGGGGAAACUUAUUCCGACGCAC